UGUGUCAUUAACUCUUUGUGCUUCCAGUUCUUGAUAAGACAGCAAGUGCUUGGCCUCUAUAGAAGGAUCCUCCGAGCCGUGCGCCAAAUCCCUGAUCCUGCUGAUCGCAGCUACAUGAAGGACUGGGCCCGGGGGGAGUUCAAAAAGAACAAGGCGGCCAGUGAUGAGAUUACCAUACGGAUGAUGAUCAAUCAGGGAGAACGCCAGGUGCAGGAAUUGGAGCGCGCGUUGCAGUUUGCCAAGUCCUAGUGAGGAAAUCCAGAGGGUAUCAUACAGGGGGCAUCAUGGGGGGACAGAAGUGACUGCCCGGCUGCUUCCUCUACUCAGGGGUUGACCCCACGUGUGGCCUCUUGGAUUAGGAUGUCACCACCUGGACACAUCAGCCCAUCACCGCUAUGGACAAGAAAACAUGAGCUGCAGACUUCUAUCCUAUUAUAUUGUUAUUUUGUACCUGUAUCCUGACCUCACCACUAAUUUUAAAUAUUUUUCAUUAAAAAAUUGAUU